AUGCCCGUCCAGCUCCGCGCGGCGCUCCGCGCGCUCAGGUCGCAGCCCGCGACGUGCGGCCUCGCGUCCGUCGCCGGGCGCGAGCCGCUGCUCUUCACGCCGGGCCCGCUGACGACGUCCAUCUCCGUGAAGCAGGCCAUGCUCCGGGACCUGGGCUCCCGCGACCCCCAGUUCAUCGAGCUCGUGCGCAGCGUGCGGUCCGAGCUCCUGACCCUGGCGGACACGUCGCAGGAGGCGGGCUACGAGUGCGUGCUCGUGCCCGGGUCGGGCACGACGACCGUCGAGUCCGUCGUGAGCUCCGUGAUCCCACCCGGCGGCCGGCUGCUCGUCGUGUCGAACGGCGCCUACGGCGACCGCAUCGCGACGAUGUGCGCCUACCACGGCAUCGCCCACGACGUGCUCCGGUCCCACGAGGCGCGCGCCGUGAGCCCCGCGGCCGUCGCGGCGCACCUCGCGGCGAAGCCCGCGGGUUACUACGGCCACGUCGCGAUGAUCCACCACGAGACGACCGCGGGCACGCUCAACGACGUCGACGCCGUCGGCAAGCUGCUCCACGCCCACGACCCCGAGCUCACCUUCAUCGUCGACUCCAUGUCCGGCUUCGGCUGCUACGCGGUCGAUCUCGAAGGGUCGCACGUCGACUACGUCGUGUCGUCCGCGAACAAGAACAUCGAGGGCGUGCCGGGCUUCGGCUUCGCCAUCGCCAAGCGCGACAAGCUCCUCAGCCAGGGCGUCCACGCGCGCGCGCUGUCCCUGGACCUGCUCAAGCAGUGGGAGGGCCUCGAGGGCAACGGCCAGUUCCGCUUCACGCCGCCGGUCCAGUCGCUCAUGGCCUUCAAGCAGGCCCUCGCGGAGAUGUUCGCCGAGGGCGGCGUCGCCGGCCGCCGCGCGCGCUACGAGGCCAACGCCGCGGCGCUCGUCGCCGGCAUGCGCGCGCUCGGCUUCGAGCGCUACGUCGCCGGCGGCGCGGCGGGCGACGACGUCGCGGCGCCGGGGGAGGCGCCGGCCCAGGGCUGCAUCAUCCACACCUACCUCUUCCCCGACGACCCCAACUUCGACUUCCCCAAGUUCUACGACCGCCUCGCGGAGCUCGGCAUCGUCAUCUACCCGGGCAAGCUCACGGAGGCGGACUGCUUCCGCGUCGGCUCCAUCGGCCGCAUGUUCGAGCGCGACAUGGUCCACCUCACGUCUUCCGUCAAGAUCGCCCUCGAGGAGCAGGGCGUCGCGCUGCCCGUGGCCCAGAUCGACGCGCCACUGCCGGAGCCGACGCGCGUCGCCGCGUGA